AUGGGAGAUGAGAGAAGAGACAAUUUUAGAGGGGCAAGCAUGACUCGUCUUAAACAGAAGUUAAAAGAUGAAGUUAAAAGGAAAGACUCUGUCCUGAUCUCAAUAAAUGAACUAAAACAGAAGGUGGCAGAACUAGAAAAGAAAGGCGCUACUAACAUUAAAGAAAGCCGUGAAUGGAGAAUGCGUUAUGAAGAACAACUGGAAAUAAAUUCUCACCUAGAGAAGCAAGUUAUUUACCUGAAAGAGAAAUUGGACAAAGUCUGUGCCAAUUAUUCAGAUAAAUUAUCAUCUAUUCAUGUCUAUGAGAGACUGUCAGUAGAGUCCUUAACUGAAAUACUAAGACAGCUCCAAAAGGACAAAAAAACUCUUGAAAAUCAAGUGAAAGCUUGUAGACUUCGAUUGGAACAAGAAUCAAAGCUGAAUCAGAAGACCCGUGAAGAAUGUCAUAAAAAUGCAAUUGAAAUAUCCAAGAUGACGUCCUAUAACACUUUCAAAAUACAGCAGAUAGAAUAUAUGAAGAGAAUGAGAGAGAUUCCAACCACAAAAACAGGAGCGCACUCUCUACCUAAUCGUGUCAAAAAAGGAUCGGAUAAAAAGAAAUCAGGAUCAAGCCACCUUCCAAAACUCAAAUAUUAA